AUGAAGCUGAAAAAAUCACCUGAUAAGAAAUACGUUCGUCUUAGUUACUAUGAAAUUGUGUUUGCUUCUCUGCUUGCAGUUUUUGUGUGUGUUUGUGUCGGACUGAUUGUACUUUCAUGGUUAUCAAUCCAGAAGUUAGAAAGAGCUGAAGCAGAUGAGAGCACUCAUGGCUACACGGGAACAUUUAAAAUACUCUCUGGUGCAUCAUUCACUCCUGCUUUGCAAAAUAGAUCAUCAGCUGAAUUCAAAGUCCUUGCCUUUGAUGUUGAACAGUUGAUACAAAACAUCUUUCAAGCAAGUGAUCUGAAAAACAAGUUUGAGAGAUGCGAAAUUUCCCAGUUCAAGGAAUCUGAAGAUGGCCUUGAAAGAUUCCAGAAAUCAGAGACUGGUGUUGUUGUGAUCUUCAACCUUUAUUUUACCCAGAUGAUAACAGUUGAGAAAAUAAAAAAUGAGCUGGUUUUGGGUAUCAACGCAAAUGAAACUGAUCUUACGCAGACUUUGAAAAUUGAUGUGGACAGCAUACAAGUCACAGUAUGCUGUAUCUAUGCUGUCCUGAGUUCUAAGUGCAGUGUUACUAACCAUCCUCAAGAAGAAAUUGGGAGGUAUUUGUUCAACUCUAAAUAUGUAUACACACAGGAUCAAGCCAUUCAAGCUGAUGUUGCCAUAUCAUUACCUAAGCUGGGGUUUGGGGAUACAGCAAAUAAUGCAGACAUAAGAGCAGACUGGCUGCCGCUUAGUUCUGCUCAAGCAACUGCAGAGGUUCAGGACAACUCACCACAGGCAAGUCCUCAACAACUGCAGGAUCAAGCCAUUCAAGCUGAUGUUGCCAUAUCAUUACCUAAGCUGGGGUUUGGGGAUACAGCAAAUAAUGCAGAUAUAAGAGCAGACUGGCUGCCGCUUAGUUCUGCCCAAGCAACUGCAGAGGUGCUACCAGAGAGCAAGAAAUCCCAUGACUGCAAUUACAAGCUCCCUGACAUCAACUACUUCAGCUGCAUUACAGAAGAUUUAUUUUGUGAUGGAGUCUUAGACUGCCCGGAUGGUUCAGAUGAAUCUGAAACAAGAUGUGCUACAGUCUGUGAUGGAAAAUUUAUGUUGACUGACUCCUCUGGGUUUUUUCACUCUAUGAAUUAUCCGAAACCAUAUAAUGCAAAUAUCGUUUGCCAAUGGAUUAUACUAGUGCCUGAAGGGUUAUCCAUUAAACUGAACUUUACUUCCUUCGAAACACAACAAUAUACAGACAAUUUAGAUAUUUUUGAAGGUGUAGGACAAGAAAAGAUUUUAAGAGCUUCUCUGUCAGGGACCAAUACUGAGACAAUUUACAUUUUUUCUCAUGAGGCUACAGCACAGUUUACAUCCGAUUAUUUUGAAAAUUAUAAUGGCUUUAAUGCAACGUACACUACAUUUAAUGCAAAUGAACUAAACAACUAUGAGAAAGUCAAUUGCACUUUUGAAGACGGCUUUUGUUACUGGAUACAAGAUUUAGAUGAUGAUUCGGACUGGGAGAGAGUUCAGGGCCCUACCUUUCCCUCUAUGAGUGGUCCUGAUUUUGAUCAUACAUUUGGCAACAUAUCAGGAUUUUAUAUUUCAACACCUCUAGGACUUGGAUUCGGAGAAGAGAGAGUUCGGAUUCUGAGUUUGCCUUUGGUCUCUUCAGAUCCAUCUUGUCUAAGCUUUUGGUAUUUCAUGUAUGGUGCUAAUGUUUACCGUUUAAGAGUUAGCGUAAGUAAUGACCAUGGCUCGGAAACGAUCAUUUUCCAGAGAGAAGGAAACUAUGGAAACAACUGGAAUUACGGACAAGUAACUUUAAAUGAAACAUCUGAUCUUAAGGUUAUUUUUGAUGCCUUUAAAGUACGUGGUCGCAGUGAUAUUGCCUUAGAUGACAUUGGCUUGACAAAGGGAACGUGUAAUGAAAGUAUUUAUGUAGAGCCAACUGUGAUUCCAGCCGUUACUACUACCCCUUCUGUUCCUACUGACUGCGGAGGGCCAGUUGAACUAUGGGAGCCGAACAGCACUUUCAGCUCCAAAAACUAUCCAAACAAUUACCCUAAUCAAGCUUCUUGUGUGUGGUACUUAAAUGCUGAAAACGGAAAAAACAUUCAACUUCAUUUUCAAGAUUUUGAGCUGGAAAACAUUAAUGAUAUAGUUGAAGUCAGAGAUGGCAGAGGAUCAAAUUCCUUACUUUUGGCUGUCUACACAGGACAAGACCCUUUGCCAGAUGUCUUCUCUACAACAAACCAGAUGACAGUAAUCCUUCUUACAGACGAGUCUGUAACAAAGAAGGGAUUUCUUGCAAACUUUACUACUGGCUACCGUCUAGGUAAGCAUAUGAACCCUUGAGCUUGUGCAAUUGACGAGCAUCAGUGUGGUAGUGGGGAGUGUAUACCAUUGCACAACCUUUGUGACAACCUACCUCAGUGUGAAGAUGGCUCUGAUGAAGCAAAGUGCGUGAGAUUGCUUAAUGGUACUCUAAGCACCGAAGGGCUGGUACAGGCCAGGAUUGGGACAACGUGGCACUUGGCAUGUGCAGAUGAUUGGAAUGAACAGAUUUCAGACAGCGUUUGCCACCUGCUGGGGUUAGGGGAUGCAAAUGUGUCAUCAACUGUAUUAUUCACUGGAGAUGGCCCCUUUGUCAACAUCACCAAAGCAGAUAACUACAGUCUAAUAUUUACAAAAAGAGAACACUGUUUGAACAACCUGGUGGUUCAUCUGCAAUGUACGAUUAAACCUUGUGGAAAACAUGUGCUAACUCAGAACAAUAGGACAAGGAUUAUAGGUGGAAGUGAUGCCAGAAGAGAGGCUUGGCCUUGGAUAGUUUCACUCCAUUUUAAUUCCAGACCUGUUUGUGGAGCCUCCCUUGUCAGUGAUGAAUGGCUGGUGACGGCAGCACACUGUGUAUAUGGGAGGCAAUUAAAUCCAUCUCAAUGGAAAGCAGUUCUUGGCUUGUAUGCUCAAUCGGAUAUGACAGACCCUUCAACAGUAGUUAAAAACAUUGAUCAAAUAGUUAUAAACCCUCAUUACAUGAAGAGCACAAAAGAUAGUGAUAUUGCUCUCAUGCACCUUCAAGACGAAGUGCAAUAUACAGAUUACAUACAACCUAUCUGCUUACCAGAAAAAAAUCAACAGUUUUUACCAGGAAUUAACUGCUCCAUUGCUGGCUGGGGUACCAUUACAAACGAUGGUCCCACUUCAGAUAUAUUGCAAGAAGCACAGGUUCCUCUCAUUUCAAAUGAAAAAUGCCAACAAGAGCUGCCAGAAUAUAAUAUUACUGAGAACAUGAUCUGUGCGGGAUACGACGCUGGAGGAGUAGAUUCCUGUCAGGGAGAUUCAGGUGGCCCUCUGACAUCCGAAGAAGAUAGCAAGUGGUUUUUGGUUGGUGUGGUAUCAUUCGGUUAUGAGUGUGCACUUCCCGAACGACCAGGAGUGUAUGUUCGAGUCACCAUGUUUGUGGACUGGAUCAAAAAUAUCAUCUAUUAG